UACGUUAUGACGUGGCCUUUCUGGCUUUCCGUACCGAGGACCCGUGUUUGUCCUUAGUGGCUGUAAGAUGUCAGAACGUUAAAUCUGUUCUCUUUUUUAAAAUCAACAAUGUCGGCAAAAGGAGGAUCGAGGGGAUUUUAUUUUAACACUGUACUGUCCCUGGCCCGAUCACUAGCUGCUCAUCGGCCUGCUCCAAUUGACAAGGUUCAGAAACUGCAAUGCAUGUGUCCGGUGGACUGCCGUGGUGUCUUUCAGCUGGAUGAGAGGAGAAGAGAUGCUGUGAUAGCACUGGGCAUCUUCCUAGUGGAAUCAGACCUGCAGCACAAAGAUACAAUUGUGCCUUACCUUCUGGGCUUGCUGAAGGGAUUACCAAAGGUACAAUGGAUUGAAGAGAGCUCCGAGAGGAAGGGUAGAGAAACCCUUCCUGUUGCUGAGAACUUCUGCUUUUGUUUGGUAACUGUACUGUCUGAUGUCGCUCAGAGAGAUGAAACCUUGCGAAUCCAGAUAUUGGAGGCUGUGAUGGACCUCAUGCAGGUCCUUCUGGAGACAUGCCAGAACCCUGAAGGUCAAGACAAAGAAUACAUGUGUCGAUACACCGUGCCCUGCUUGUUUGGUGUGGUUCGAGCAUCCGGACGUUACAGUAACACUGAAGAGCCACUCCUGUCCAAGCUUUUCCCCCGGUCAAUCCCGCAGCCCGUGGCCAGCACAGAUGAGAUGGAGGCGGCCCGUCGGCGCUCCUUCAAUGACUUCCGCUCCAUCUUGCCCAGCUCGCUUCUCACUGUCUGCCAGAGUGACACACUGCGACGCAAAACCAGCAGCGUGUCCAGCAUCUCGCAGCAGGCCAGUCCAGAACGUGCAGGGCUGCCUCCAAGCUCUCCUGCUGACCCUUCUGCUCAUUACUUUGAAGCUGGAUCGUACUUGCCUGAUGGCAGCACUGUAGACCCGGACUACUACUUUUCCAACAUCAGCUCCAGUUUCUCUGUCUCUCCUCUCUUCACUGGCAGCAGCACUAAGGAAUUUGACGUUCCUUUGGAUAUGCUGAGGCAGCUCCUUCAGAUGGUUGAGCAGUUUGUUGCUGAGUCAUUUUUAAAGACAUUGGAUCAAACAAUGGUUGAGGUUUUAGAGAGUAAUCCAAGUCUUAACCUCUUCUACAAAACCUUCAGUGACCCUCUGUAUGUGGCCAUAUUUAAAAUGUUGAGGGACACUCUGUAUUAUAUGAAAGACUUGCAGACGUCCUUUGUGAAGGAGGUGCAUGACUUUGUGUUGGAGCAGUUCAGCAGCAGCCAGUCUGAGCUGCAGCGCAUCCUGCAUGAUGUAGAAUAUCUGCAUAGUGAGCUCAGCCCACUCAAACUGCGAUGCCAGGCAAACGCUGCCUGUGUGGACCUCAUGGUCUGGGCAGUCACUGAGGAACAGGGCGCUGAGAAUCUUUGCACUAAGCUGUCGGAGAAGCUGCAGUCCAAAACGUCCAGUAAAGUCAUCAUUGCGCACAUGCCUCUGCUCAUCUGUUGUCUGCAGGGUCUGGGGCGUCUGUGUGAGCGUUUUCCAGUGGUGGCCCACUCCGUCACCAUGUCACUGAGAGACUUCCUGGUGGUGCCAUCUCCCGUGCUGGUCAAGCUCUACAAAUACCACAGCCAGUACACCACCGGGACUGGAGAGAUCAAGAUCCAUGUAACCAAUGAGCAUUCCCAGUCCACCUUCAGUGCUCACUCCAGUAAGAAAAGUCAGCCCUCCAUGUAUGAACAACUCCGAGACAUCUCCAUAGAUAACAUUUGCAGAUGCUUGAAAGCAGGACUAACCAUGGAUGCAGUCAUUGUGGAAGCAUUUCUUGCCAGCCUCUCCAACCGUCUCUACAUCUCCCAGGAAAAUGACAAGGACGCCCAUCUCAUUCCGGACCACACCAUCCGGGCUUUGGGGCACAUUGCGGUGGCACUGAGGGACACCCCACGUGUGAUGGAGCCCAUCCUGCAGAUCCUUCAGCAAAAGUUCUGCCAGCCGCCCUCACAGCUCGAUGUACUCAUCAUUGACCAGCUGGGCUGCAUGGUCAUCACUGGAAAUCAAUACAUAUACCAGGAAGUCUGGAACUUAUUUCAGCAAAUAAGUGUGAAAGCCAGCUCUAUGGUAUAUUCCACCAAAGACUACAAAGACCACGGAUACCGACACUGUUCUCUGGCGGUGAUCAAUGCCCUGGCCAACAUUGCAGCCAACCUGCAGGCCGAGCACAUGGUGGAUGAGCUGCUGGUGAACCUUCUGGAGCUGUUCGUGCAGCUCGGCCUGGAGGGCAAACGGGCCAGUGAGAGAGCCAGCGAGAAGGGCCCCGCGCUUAAGGCCUCAAGCAGUGCUGGUAAUUUAGGAGUGCUCAUUCCUGUCAUCGCUGUGUUGACCAGGCGUCUGCCACCAAUAAAGGAGGCUAAACCGAGGCUGCAGAAGCUCUUUAGAGACUUUUGGCUGUAUUCCGUUGUCAUGGGCUUCGCUGUGGAAGGCUCGGGUUUGUGGCCGGAGGAGUGGUAUGAGGGUGUUUGUGAAAUAGCCACCAAAUCCCCUCUGCUGACGUUCCCCAGUGGAGAGCCCCUGCGUUCAGAGCUGCAAUAUAACUCCGCUCUGAAGAAUGACACAGUUACUCCGGCUGAGCUGAAUGAUUUGAGAAGCACAAUCAUUAACCUACUGGAUCCCCCACCCGAAGUAGCAGCUCUCAUCAAUAAGCUGGACUUUGCUAUGUCUACCUAUCUGCUCUCAGUCUACCGGCUGGAAUAUAUGAGAAUGCUGCGCUCUCUGGAUUCAGAUCGUUUCCAGGUGAUGUUCCGUUAUUUUGAAGACCGAGCCAUCCAGAAAGACAAAUCAGGGAUGAUGCAGUGUGUGAUUGCAGUUGGCGACAAGGUCUUUGAUGUCUUUCUUCAAAUGAUGGCAGAUAAGCCCAAGACAAAGGCCCACGAAGAAGAGCUGGAGCGGCAUGCUCAGUUCCUUUUGGUCAACUUCAAUCACAUUCACAAAAGGAUCAGACGGGUGGCCGACAAAUACCUUUCAGGCCUGGCUGAAACAUUCCCUCACCUGCUGUGGAGCGGACGUGUGUUGAAGACGAUGCUGGAUAUUUUACAGACCCUCUCCUUGUCGCUUAGCGCUGACAUUCACAAAGAUCAGCCUUAUUAUGACAUCCCAGAUACCCCAUACCGCAUCACCGUUCCUGACACUUAUGAAGCCAGAGAGAGCAUUGUGAAGGACUUUGCUGCACGUUGUGGGGAGAUCCUAAAGGAGGCCAUGAAGUGGGCACCAUCUGUCACCAAAUCUCAUCUACAGGAGUACCUGAACAAGCACCAGAACUGGGUAUCAGGCCUGUCUCAGCACACUGGCCUCGCCAUGGCAACAGAAAGUAUUCUGCACUUUGCUGGCUACAACCGGCAGAGUACCACUCUGGGAACCACUCAGCUCACGGAGAGGCCAGCCUGCGUUAAGAAAGAUUACUCCAACUUCAUGGCCUCGCUGAACCUGAGGAAUCGUUACGCUGGAGAGGUGGCAGGCAUGAUCCACUUCUCAGAGGCCACGCGGAGCACCUCAGACCUGAAUAAACUGAUGAUUCGGCAGUUGAAUGAGGCUCUGGAAGGAGGGCAGCCAGAAGCGUUUACUGAAGCCAUGUUCAAAAUGGCAGCUCUCCUCAUCAUCUCUAAAGAUUGUGACCCACAGCUCCUGCAUCACCUGUGCUGGUCCCCACUGAAGAUGUUUACAGAAAACGGAAUGGAGACGGCUAUAGCCUGCUGGGAAUGGCUUUUAGCAGCUCGAGCUGGUGUUGAGGUCCCGUUCAUGCGUGAGAUGGCGGGUGCAUGGCAAAUGACGGUGGAGCUGAAGAUGGGGCUGUUCUCCGACGCCCAGGUGGAGGCAGACCCCUUGGCUGCAUCAGAAGAGAGUCAACCUGUGCCCUGCCCUCCCGAUGUCACCCCCCACUACAUCUGGAUCGAGUUCCUCGUCCAGCGCUUUGAGAUUGCGAAGUACUGCAGUGCUGACCAGGUGGAAAUUUUCGGCAGCCUACUCCAGAGGUCACUCUCACUCAACGUAGGCGGCCCCAAGAGCAGCCUGAACCGCCAUGUUGCGGCCAUCGGACCCCGCUUCAGGUUGCUGACGCUUGGCCUUGCCCUACUCCAUUCAGAUGUGGUUACCAAUGCCACUAUCCGCAACGUGCUCAGAGAGAAGAUCUACUCCACUGCUUUUGAUUACUUCAGUGUGGCGUCCAAGUUCCCCACUCAAGGGGACAAGCGUUUGCGUGAAGACAUCAGCGUCAUGAUCAAGUUCUACGCCAGCAUCCUCUCAGACAAGAAGUACCUAGCUGCUAGCCAACUCGUGCCACCGGGUGAGCCUGGCGCCAAUCCCCCUCAAAGCUCCCUAUCUGCUGGGAUUUUCGGAUCGCUAAUCGUUUCCAGCACUUCUCCGAUAUCGAUCUUAAACAACCAGGAUCCAUCGCUGAACAGUCUGUCAGUGAUGACUGCCGCUGACCCCAGGAACACCAUGGACAUGUCGGUGGGCACUCGCCAGCAGAGUGCCCAAGGCUGGAUCAACACAUACCCGCUGUCCAGUGGAAUGUCUACCACUUCCAAGAAAUCAGGAAUGUCUAAGAAGAGCAACAGAGGCACUCAGCUGCACAAGUACUACAUGAAGCGCAGAACACUGCUAUUGGCCUUACUGGCCAGUGAGAUUGAGCGGCUGACUACCUGGUACAACCCACUGUCUGCCCAGGAGUUGACCAUUUUCACUGAGCAGUCGGUGGAGACCAGCAUUGCCAACUGGAGGUCCAAAUACAUCAGUCUCAGUGAAAAGCAGUGGAAGGACCAUGUCAACCUUUCCUGGAGCAUCUCUCCCUACCUUGCUUUGCAGUUGCCAGCCAGGUUUAAAAACUCUGAAGCCAUUGUGGCUGAAGUGACCCGGCUGGUCCGACUGGACCCUGGCGCUGUUAGCGAUGUCCCAGAGGCAGUAAAGUUUCUGGUGACAUGGCACACCAUUGAUGCUGACUCACCUGAACUGAGCCACAUCCUGUGCUGGGCCCCUGCUGACCCCCCCACCGGCCUGUCUUAUUUCUCCAGCAUGUACCCUCCUCACCCACUCACAGCGCAGUAUGGCGUCAAAGUGCUGCGCUCCUUCCCACCCGAUGCAAUUCUGUUCUACAUUCCACAAAUUGUGCAAGCUCUCCGGUAUGACAAGAUGGGCUAUGUGCGCGAGUACAUACUGUGGGCUGCACAGAAGUCCCAGCUCCUCGCCCACCAGUUCAUCUGGAACAUGAAGACCAACAUCUACCUGGAUGAGGAAGGGCACCAGAAAGACCCGGACAUUGGAGAGCUGCUGGAGCAGAUGAUGGAGGAGAUCAUGAGCUCUCUGUCAGGCCCAGCUAAAGACUUUUACCAGCGAGAGUUUGAUUUCUUCAACAAGAUCACCAAUGUCUCCGCCAUCAUUAAGCCCGUCCCGAAAGGAGACGAGAGAAAAAGGGCUUGCCUAAAAGCCUUAUCUGAUAUCAAAGUUCAGCCAGGCUGCUACUUGCCAAGCAAUCCUGAAGCCAUUGUUCUAGAUAUCGACUACAAGUCAGGAACUCCUAUGCAGAGUGCUGCCAAAGCUCCUUAUCUGGCAAAGUUCAAAGUCAAGCGCUGUGGAGUGAGUGAACUUGAGAAAGAAGGUUUGCGCUGCCCCACUGACUCUGUAGAUGACGAAGAUGAAAACUCAGAAGUCGCACAGAAGGUCUGCUGGCAGGCGGCCAUCUUUAAAGUGGGAGAUGACUGCAGACAGGACAUGCUGGCACUGCAGAUCAUUGGACUCUUUAAGAACAUUUUCCAGCUGGUGGGGUUGGAUCUGUUUGUGUUCCCCUACAGAGUUGUAGCCACGGCCCCUGGCUGUGGUGUAAUUGAGUGUAUCCCAGAUUGUAAGUCUCGUGAUCAACUGGGCAGACAGACUGACUUUGGCAUGUAUGACUACUUCAGGAACCAGUACGGGGACGAGUCCACUCUGGCUUUCCAGAAGGCACGGUAUAAUUUCAUCCGCAGCAUGGCCGCCUACAGUCUGCUCCUCUUCCUGCUGCAGAUCAAAGACCGCCACAACGGCAACAUCAUGCUGGACAGCAAAGGCCACCUCAUUCACAUUGAUUUUGGCUUCAUGUUCGAGAGCUCUCCGGGUGGUAACCUGGGCUGGGAGCCGGACAUCAAGCUGACCGACGAGAUGGUGAUGAUCAUGGGGGGCAAAAUGGAGGCCACUCCCUUUAAGUGGUUCAUGGAGAUGUGUGUUCGCGGAUACCUCGCAGUAAGGCCAUAUAUGGAUGCUGUGGUGUCAUUGGUGACCUUGAUGCUGGACACUGGUCUUCCAUGCUUUAGAGGACAGACAAUAAAACUGCUCAAGCAAAGGUUCAACCCCAACAUGAGUGAAAAAGAGGCCGCGGCCUUUAUGAUCAAAGUCAUCGAGCGUUGCUUCCUCAGCAGCAGGAGCAAGACCUAUGACAUGCUGCAGUAUUACCAAAACCAAAUCCCAUACUGAUGAAGCACCGUCUCAUCCCCUUUCACAUCUCCCCAAUUGUCUGUACCUAUUAGUUGUAGUCCUCCCUCAGAGAUCAAUGGCCAUAUCAGUCGACGAGCAUCCAUGAAGACAAGCACUUUAUAGAUUUUAAUAAUUGAUGUAACGGGCCUCGUCACAGCGGAGGUAAUUGCAAGAGUCCAGAUAAGCCGUGUCCUCCAGUGCUGUCGGGGGCCUCCGUAGUCAUCUGCUGUAGAAAGUGCUACAUGUGCAAUGAGUGUUUUAUCUCCCUUUAAAGUGCACACCAUAAUGGUGUUGUGCGAGCAUACAUGUUUGUUUUUUUUCUUCUUCUUUUUGAUAACAUUCCACUUUGAAUAUAUACCAGUGCGUUCUAAACUAUACUUGGAAAUUCAGGGGCUGUUUAGUUUAGCUUGUCUUCUUACUCAAGAAGCCAUUUAUAUGACCAUGGCACAAAUAGUACUGUAUUUAUUGGUGUGUCCUUGCAACAAUCAGAUGUUAUGCAAUAUGUCUGCUUGUGCGUGUGUCACGUUUGUAAUAGAACACUGCACCGUACAUGGAACCCUAAAGGGAAACUUCAACCAAAAAAGAGAAACUUGAUGUUUGUGAACUGCUGCCUGAGUGACGGGCAUAUAAUUAGGAGUACUUUUGCAUGUAUAUGUGUCAUCUUGUUGGUGAUGCCAUCAAAGAGAUAUUGACAGAUCCGUAGCUCUUUUCCCUUUAAACAAGAACUUUAGCUGGCUAAGGAUGUGACGGAUCUGAAGCAUUAAACUCAUAACAACGCCAAUUUACAUUUAAAUUCCAUUGAAAUGCUUGAAGAAGAGAAGCAGCGUCACUUUAUUUAAUAGGGGGGAUUUUGUUUUGCUGGGUUUUUUUUUUUUCUUUUAAAAAUUUCUGAAAUGAUUAAGAUGUAAACAGAGUCACUCAGAGUGGUUUAAUGUGCAACGUUCCUAAAGAAGGUUACUGAAUCAGAAUUGUUCACAGCAGUGGUGAAAGGAACCAGACAUUCAGCUUUUAAUGCUUCUCAAAGCUACCUCAUAGAAAGCUUUUGAACAAAAUGGUUAUGAAAACGCUGCCUGUUACUUGAGAAAUUAUAUUGUGAUAGUUCUGACAUAAACAUAAUUGACAAAAUUAAUAAGAAACAUAUUUUUUAAAAUCCAGAGGUAUGGAAAGAUGCAUGCAGGAUGUUAAAAUAGUAC